CUCUGAAUGGGGCUGUUAGUGGAUUAUUCAAGGCUGACUUAAGAGAUUUCCUUGAUGGUACUCGUUGAGUGAAAGCAUUAUUUAACGAUAUCUAUCGAGUACUCAACAAUUUAGCAUCUCUACAUAAAAACAAUUGUUCUCAGGUUUUUCUGAAAUCUGCGGUAUCUAGUUUUACCUAUGUUAACACCACUAGAACUUCGUCGUUUUAUAUUUAAUGUUAUCCAAUACGCUGUAAUGUUGAAAAUAUCUAUGUAUGUGGUAUUAGUAAAUUAAAUAGUUACGGUAUUAUUGUAUGUUAACGUCGACAAGUGAUAGAAUACAAAUCUAAUUGAGUAAUUAAUAGUGACAGACGCGGUCACGGAAUGAAUUUUUAUCUUAUUGUGUGUAUUGCUGUGAAUAUUUUCGGAUGUUGUGAUCGACCAGGUGCAUCGUGCUGACAUUCAGGUUGGUUCAAAAUGGACACAAUGUGCUGGAUUUUACUAAAAUCGGUUCAGUAGUUUAAGAGACUAUCGCGGACAAACAACGUGACACGUACUUUUCAUAUAUGAAUAUUACAUAGAACCAUUUUACACGUUUGUCCUAAAGAAUAAUUUGUGCAUAUAGUAUAUAUUCACUCCUUAUAAAUAUAUUAUUUUAAUAGUCGUAAAUUAUGUUAGAUGUUUGUGUUAUAAAUGCUGCUCUCAGUGCUCUUGCAACAUGUUGCUACAGAGCAUAAUUUUGUUCACCUAGCGGUUGUACGUAUCACCUAAACCUAAUCGAGAUAGAUAUAUGGUUAUUUAUAUAUACAUACAUAAAUGAUUAGAAUGACGAGUUCAAAUCCGGGUGACUGUCUAUCUGUCCGUCCGUUUAUCUUGAUGAAACUUGAUAUGCGUAUUCCUUGGACGACUUCAGAGAUGGGUGUAAUCAGAAUACUUCCACGCCCACAAAACGCCAUUAAUCGAAAACUUAUAAAGUGACAUGACAUAAGCACUAAACCAAGAUAUAAAACUUUAAUUUGACACAGGGAGUACGUAGUAGCAAGGGGCACCUGUGGGCAAACAAAGAUAAUAAGUCUAAUGUAUAUAUCUCCUAAAUCACUAAAGUUACAACAAACAAAUUCACCUAGCGUAAAUAUUAUAAGAUCUCCUACCGAAUGUAAGUGCAAAAAUGGAUGAUAUCGGAUGAUAACCCCCACAUAACACUACUGUUAAAAACUACUAAAAGCGCUAUAAUUCAGUAACUGAAUACGCAAGAGGAUGGAGUCAUGUGUAGAAGUUCACGCAAGUGAGGAAAGUUCUCUGAUCGCCAUUCACUUGGGAGUGGCCAGAAACGAUUCUUUUGCAUAUGACUAAAGCAGCUCACGACUUCCGGUCUUUGACCAAGUAUCCUCUGGGUAGCUUAAGAACAUCCGUUUGAAGGCGAGCUAACGUGAGAAGGCGAAACAUCCCCUGCAUAGGGUUGUGCGCUGGGUUUGGGACCCGCCACGUAAAAAAACACCCCCAAUGAAAAGGAACAACAAGCCUCGGAUGAGUGACCCCCCUUUUGAUGACGACCAUGGCAAACGAAAUAAGGACUACGAAUUGAGGGCAUGCACCUGGAAUGUCCGGUCCCUUAAUUGGGAAGGUGCCGCUGCCCAGCUGGUUGAUGUCCUCGUGAAAAUAAAGGCUGACAUCACCGCCGUCCAAGAAAUGCGAUGGACGGGACAAGGACAGAGACAAGUAGGUCCUUGUGACAUUUACUACAGUGGCCAUAUAAAGGAGCGCAAGUUUGGUGUUGGAUUCGUGGUGGGAGAGAGACUCCGUCGCCGAGUACUAUCAUUCACUGCGGUGAAUGAACGUCUAGCCACAAUCCGCAUCAAAGCGAGGUUCUUCAACAUAUCGCUGAUUUGCGCCCACGUCCCGACGGAAGAGAAGGACGAUGUGACCAAAGAUGCCUUUUAUGAGUGCUUGGAGCGCACUUAUGAGAGAUGCCCACGCCACGAUGUCAAAAUCGUGCUUGGCGACUUUAACGCCAGGGUGGGCAAAGAAGGUAUCUUUGGCACUACGGUCGGUAAAUUCAGCCUCCAUGACGAAACAUCCCCAAAUGGGUUGAGGCUGAUCGACUUCGCCGGGGCCCGAAAUAUGGUUAUCUGUAGUACUAGAUUCCAGCAUAAAGAGACAUCAAGCUACCUGGCUGUCUCCGGAUCGAAAAACCACCAACCAGAUCGAUCAUGUUGUGAUAGACGGAAGACACGUCUCCAGUGUUUUAGAUGUGCGUGCGCUCCGAGGUCCUAACAUCGACUCGGACCACUAUAUUGUUGCAGCCAAAAUUCGCACCCGCCUCUGUGCAGCAAAAAACGCACGCCAACAAACACAAGGAAGGUUCGACGUCGAGAAGCUGCAAUCACAACAGACAGUCGAACGUUUUUCUACUCGGCUUGCACUCCUGCUCUCUGAGAGCACUCAUCAACAAUUCGGUAUAAGGGAACUGUGGGACGGCAUUUCAAACUCCUUACGUACAGCUGCAAACGAAACCAUUGGUUUUCGGAAAGUGGAAAAGAACAGCUGGUACGACGAGGAGUGCCGUGUCGCAGCGGAGAGAAAACAGGCUGCCUACCUCGCAACGUUACGAUCGACCACAACACGUGCGGGAUGGGAUAGAUACCGAGAGUUGAAGAGGGAAGCGAGACGCAUUUGCAGACAGAAGAAGAAAGAGGCCGAAAUGCGUGAGUACGAACAGCUCGAUAAGCUGGCCGACAGGGGUAAUGCUCGAAAAUUCUACGAAAAGAUGCGGCGGCUUACAGAAGGUUUCAAGACCGGAGCAUACUCUUGUAGAACCCCCAAAGGUGAUCUAGUUACCGAUGCCCAGAGCAUACUUAAAUUAUGGAGGGAACACUUCUCCAGCCUGCUGAAUGGCAGUGAAAGCACAACACCGGGAGAAGGCGAACCCGAUUCCCCAAUCGAUGACGAUGGAGCAGACGUUCCAUUAUCCGACCAUGAAGAAGUUCGAAUAGCAAUCACCCGCCUGAACAACAACAAAGCGGCAGGGGCCGAUGGAUUGCCGGCCGAGCUAUUCAAACACGGCGGCGAAGAACUGAUAAGAAGCAUGCAUCAGCUUCUUUGUAAAAUAUGGUCCGACGAAAGCAUGCCCAACGACUGGAAUUUAAGUGUGCUAUGCCCAAUCCAUAAAAAAGGAGACCCCGCAAUCUGCGCCAACUACCGUGGGAUUAGCCUCCUCAACAUCGCAUAUAAGGUUCUAUCGAGCGUAUUGUGUGAAAGAUUAAAGCCCAUCGUCAACGAACUGAUUGGACCUUAUCAGUGUGGCUUUAGACCUGGCAAAUCAACAACCGACCAGAUAUUCACCAUGCGCCAAAUCUUGGAAAAGACCCGUGAAAGGAGAAUCGACACACACCACCUCUUCGUCGAUUUCAAAGCUGCUUUCGACAGCACGAAAAGGAGCUGCCUUUAUGCCGCGAUGUCUGAAUUUGGUAUCCCCGCAAAACUGAUGCGGCUGUGUAAACUGACGUUGAGCGGCACCAAAAGCUCCGUCAGGAUCGGGAAGAACCUCUCCGAGCCGUCGAUACCAAACGAGGUUUCAGACAAGGCGACUCUCUAUCGUGCGACUUUUUCAAUCUGCUGCUGGAGAAAAUAGUUCGAGCUGCAGAACUUAAUCGAGCAGGUACAAUCUUCUAUAAGAGUGUACAGCUGCUGGCGUAUGCCGAUGAUAUUGAUAUCAUCGGCCUCAAUACCCGCGCCGUUAGUUCUGCUUUCUCCAGGCUGGACAAGGAAGCGAAAGGAAUGGGUCCGGCAGUGAACGAGGGCAAGACGAAAUAUCUCCUGUCAUCAAACAAACAGUCGUCGCACUCGCGACUUGGUACUCACGUCACUGUUGACAGUCAAAACUUUGAAGUUGUAGAUAAUUUCGUCUAUUUAGGAACCAGCGUAAACACCACCAACAAUGUCAGCCUAGAAAUCCAACGCAGGAUAACUCUUGCCAACAGGUGCUACUUCGGACUGAGUAGGCAAUUGAGAAGCAAAGUCCUCUCUCGACAGACAAAAACCAAACUCUAUAAGUCACUCAUAAUUCCCGUCUUGCUAUAUGGUGCAGAGGCUUGGACGAUGUCAACAGCGGAUGAGUCGACGUUGCGCGUUUUCGAGAGAAAAAUUCUGCGAAAGGUUUAUGGUCCUUUGCGCGUUGGCCACGGCGAAUAUCGCAUUCGAUGGAACGAUGAGCUGUACGAGAUAUACGACGACAUUGACAUAGUUCAGCGAAUUAAAAGACAGCGGCUACGCUGGCUAGGUCAUGUUGUCCGGAUGGAUGAAAAUACUGCAGCUCUGAAAGUAUUCGACGCAGUACCCGCCGGGGGAAGCAGAGGAAGAGGAAGACCUCCACUCUGUUGGAAGGACCAAGUGGAGAAGGACCUGGCUUCGCUUGGAAUAUCCAAUUGGCGCCACGUAGCGAAAAGAAGAAACGACUGGCGCGCUGUUGUUAACUCGGGUAUAAUCGCGUAAGCGGUGUCUACGCCAAUUAAGAAGAAGAAGAAUACGCAAGAGACAUUAAAAUUUUGCCACCAAGUGGUGGUGAGAUGACUUCAGAGGAGCCGAGGUCAUAAUUGGACGAUAGGUUUGGCACCGUCACUUUUAAGUAAAAUCACAUAUUUCGAGACCUGCCAGAUUUCUAUCAAAUUUAGUACGUAACAUUUUCUGACAUUUUUAAUUUUACAGUGUGAAAAUGGGCGGCAGCCACGCUUCAUUUAAAACAUUCACUUUCCAGUAUACAAAUUGAGAAUGAAUUAAGGGGGUAGUAAGGUGAAUUCGAGUGAAAAGAAGCAUUUUUCCAAUAUUUUUUUUUAAAGGUACAAUCAAAUUUUAUUUAUUUGUACAAUUACCGCAUAAUUAUAUGAUAUUUAAAGAAUAUUCUGUGAAAGUUUCAUAGAAAAAUAUUAAAAAAUGAGCCGGUGACAGAGAAUCUUCGCAGACGUUCAAAAAAAAAAUUGAUUCGCGGUGAACCGCAUAACUCAUGACUAGGUCAUCUGAAAUUAAAAAACCAAAUUGAUUUGAUUAGUUGAUAAGUUUCCUCAGGUAACGUUGUCGAGUUUAUUUGAAUGAUUUUUCAAUUUUUUACAACGUUCGGAACUCAAAAUACUGAUUUUUCAUCAAAAAAUCAGAAAUUUUGUUGUUUAAAAAUAAAUUAAAAUUAAAAAACACUCGACAGCGUUACCGCACAAUUUAUGUAAAGAAAGACUGUGCAAAUUUUCAAAAGUAGAUUUUAAGCUACAGAGUUCACCGGCUCAGAAAAAUUGAAGUGUGAGAAAAACACAUUUAAAGUUUCACAGACGCUCACAAUCAAAUCGGAGGGCGGAGACUUACAAGUGUAUAUCUUCGUCAAUUUUGCUUUAAUUGCUCUCAAAUUUUCACAGAAUAAUCUUAAGAUAUUGUACAUUAACAUAAAAUGAAAAAAAGCAACAAAAAAAAAUACUUUACUACCCCCUUAAGGGUUUAUAUGGCUUUCAAAAAAUUGAAUAUUUUUAUUGUCUUAUUAAAGUCUACAACAUCUCUAGAAUAUUGACCUAAAUUUUCAAGUUGAUCCGAGUAAUAAUUUGGAGAUCCUGUAAGGAGUUAUCCUGCCCUCGUUGGCGCAUCUUUCUUCCGAGGUGUCACCGGAAAUGGCGUCAAAAUAACCGAGGUUAAAAUAUUAUUAUUUUCCAAAAAUUUCAGAAUUUCUUUGUUAAUAGUAUAUGUUUGUAACAAUAAGAGGCACAAUUCCGAUCUCUUUGGCACCGCGAUCUGAAGCGACCGUUGGAAAGAGGAAGUCCUCCUGAUUAAAUUUUUUUUUUAUAUAUACUUAUAUAUUAUAUGUAUGACAGAGAACUUAGUACACACGAGAAUGAGAAGGAGCAGGUUCGGCAGCGAAUAUUUGUAAAAUUUCAACUGGAGAAUUUACCUCAUGACAACUCACACUGUGAAAUAUUAGCAUUGUUUUGAAUUUAAGCAUUUUAAUGAAUCUGUAGAAUUACAGCUUUUUAACAUGAUCAACCAGCGAAUAUUGUUGAGAAACUAACGGAUGAAUGUACAUAUGUACGUAUGUAUAAGACUGCUGCACGUGUGCACUUGAAAUUAACAAUGCAACGAAUGACCUACUGCUUUAACAUUGUUCGAAAUCACUUAGAGCAAUGUAAGUGGUGAACGUAAAUAUCAACGAAUACAAAAGCAUGACUCGUUCGGUUCUCUCAAAAAAGUAAGUAUCUCGAUUCAGCCGAUUUUGACAAACAGACAUACCAUUCUCAGGAAAGGAUUACCUAUAAAAUUCAAUUAGGGUCUUGAACAGUUUUGGUUCGAUUUGGACAUUUUCGGUCAUAAGGUGGCACACCUCAAAGGCACUAUUCGUGCAAAGUUUUAGCGUGAUGCAUUAAGAGGUUACGUGUGUUUCCUGGAGUAAAAAUCAGCAUUUUUGGAACAAAUUUUUUCUCAUAAAAUUAAGUAUUUUAUUCGAAUUUUUUGUUGGGCACGAUUCCGAUUACUUUGGCGGUCAGGUAAAAAACACGAAUUUCGGUAUAAAUGGGGUAUGUACUCGUAUCGAUAGGGGAGCUUCUCCAGUGAAGAAAUAUGUAAAAAUAAUGUUACUAACACUUAUAUUUUUUUUAAUAUUCCCCAAUUAAAAAUUCAAAAGUUUGUAUUAAUAACACUUAGUAUUUCACAAUGUUUCAAUAAAUUUUUCACAUUUUUCACUUUGUAUAUUUAAACAUAUACCCUAAACAUUGAAAUAAGUGCGCAUUUGUAGGGAAUAAUAAAAACUACCUUUUUUAAGCUAUAAUUGAGUUGUGAACACUUUUUUCUUAAGCAUAUGUAUAAUAUGUGAUUUAUAUUUAAUGUACACAAAUAAGUAAAACUCUAUGAUAAUAUUAUAAAAUUUUUAUCAUAUCGAUGUGACUGAAGUAAUUUCGCGUAGUACUCCUUUUGGCGUUGGCGACCUUCGGCCGCGCUUUAAAAAAAAUAAACCUGCUUGAGCCAAUACCCAGGUUGACUGAAGUACUUUUGCGUAAUACUUCUUUCCGUGAGAAAUAUAAUUUAUGGACGUUCGUUUUUAUUAGAACUAAGAUUGCCAAAUAAAGAAAGGGGAAUUUCAGCGAAUUGCUCAUAUUUGCUUAUUAUCAUAUGUUAGCACUCCAUUUGCUCAUAAUUUAAAAUAUACAUUUCUUACUUAUAAAACCUGCAAAUAAUGUAAAUUGUAAAUUUGUUUAAACGUUUAAAGUUUAACUAAAUGAAUUUGAAGUAAAAAAUGUGCUACAUUUUCGAAUUUUUGAACUUUAAAGUAGUUAGAAUCUCGUACACUAAGCGUUUGCGGUACCCAUAAUAUAAUAUUAUAUAUACACUUGCCAGAAAAAGUCUUCAUACACGAAACCAAAGAAAACAAACCAUGUUGAAUUUUUGGAUAGUAAAAAUUUUAUGUUUAAACCAUAUAGCAAUACUAGAUGACCCCGCAUGCGUUGUUCUGUGUGAAAUUAUGUGUUUUAAAAUUAAAAGAAAAUAGCAUUUUUAUAUUGUGUUGAAAAUUAUUUAUUUGCGUUUUUCUACAUUUUUCUCAUUGUAACGUAGCUUGAAAAACAACAUUUUUUGGUUUCUGUUCCGGUGCGUAAAUAUACAGAGAAGAUGGUUUUCCAACUGAACACGCCACGUAUAGCUGGUCUUGUGAAAAAACUUGGCAUUUUAAGAUUUAUGCCGCACACAUCUAGCGACUAUCCUCGUGUCUUGAAACUGAAUAGGUUUGGACUGAAAUGGCAAGUCGUUGGAACUCAAAGGAAUGUAUAGAAUCAAGCAUUCUGCCCCCUUGUAUUGAUUCUGUCCAUCCAUUUGAUACUUGCUGAUUUCAUCUCAUUCAAGGCCAAUAACCGCCAUCUUGCUUUCUUUAGUGACGUACUUGCAACGUAUUUAUUAGAUUUCACCAAACUACAAUAUUCAACAUUCAUAUGAGUUUUGAAUGUGAAUUAGACAAUAGUGGCGAAUAUGGUACGAUCCAUGUCUUGUCAACACCGAUAUUCACACCUCUAAGUUGUGUCUGGUGAGCGACGCUGAUAAAAUGGAUAUCCAUCAAACGACGUGGAUGG